AUGUACAUCAAAUCUGUUAUCACUGCGGUCACCGCAUUCGCUACUCUUAUUCCAAGCAUCUUGGCAGGGAAAGCCGUUGUUGGCAACCACUGCAAGGGCCCGGUUUAUCUGUGGUCAGUCGGCGGAGGAGGUUCAACGCCGAUGAAGACGAUCAGGCCCAAUAGCACUUACGAUGAGAAUUUUCGUAACCCUCCAUGGGGUGGUGUUUCCUUGAAAAUCUCCAACGACCCUACCCAACAGAACAUCACCCAGUUCGAGUACACCCUCGUCAAUACCACGGUGUGGUACGAUGUGUCAAAUAUUAACGGCGAUCCGUUCCGGAAAAAGGGCUACAAGCUCACCACCAACAGCAGCUGCCCAGAAGUCCAUUGCCCCCCAAGCAACGCACCCUGUAAUCAAGUCUACAACCAUCCAGAUGACAAUUGGGCGACUCAUGCAUGCAGUUCCACUGCCGUUCUCGUUUUAACCCUCUGCGCUUAUUAA